AGAAAGUGGCAGCGCGCGGAAGAGGAAAGUCAACAGAGGCCGAUGGACUAAAAGAAGCUAGUUAGCAAACAUCAUAUCGGGUAGUAAACGUUGUGGUCUGAAACACUUUUCAAACGUCCGACAUCCAUGUUGGGGGAAUUAUUUGAAUCCUUGAGGGUUCGUUUUAAUCGGUGAAUCGACCGAAAAACCGACGAAUCGACCUGAGCGUUUAAAGUAGCUUUACGCGACUCAACGUCUAACCGCAGUUAGCACGCUAACGUUUAGCAACCGACGUUCUGUAGCAGUCCUACGUCAGUGUUGGUGGCGUCCGUCUGUAUCAACCACAGACUGAUAUCAACCCACAACACCGAGAUUGUGUUCACUUUUUCAAAAGGGAACUAAUUGUUUCACAACGUGGUGUAUUUUAUUUUUUACGGUUUCUAGAAAAACAUAGAAAGGUGGAGAUAAUGCAUCACGUCAAAAUCAAGACUGAAAGACCAGAUAUGGAAGGCGCUGGUGCACGCAGCCGCCUGGACGCAGUGUUAAAUGGACUGGUGGAGAGGACUGAAAAUGAGAGGGAGCAAACAGAAAGUGACACUGGAAAAAUAACAGCGGACUCUUUGAACAAGGAUCUGUCUCCAUCAUCUGCUGGGAAAAGACCAUCAGCUCGCUUUCCACAACAUCGGAGGAAGAAAAGAAAAGAGAUGGAUGAGAGCAUACCGGAAACCAAUCAGCAUAAACAAAACUCUUACGUUAUAAAGUUGUUUGAUCGCAGUGUUGAUCUGGCUCAAUUUAACACCAGCACCCCGCUUUAUCCUAUCUGCCGUGCCUGGAUGAGAAACAAUCCCUCUGUUCGAGAGCCCCUUGCUUCCCCAAGCCCGCCACACAGCGGGGUAGAAGAAGAGGUCACAGACAUGAUCAAUGGUAAAGGUCAGAAUGUGUACAGACUCCCUCCGCCAACCUCCUGCCCAAUCAGCUCCACUGGGGAAGUCGUCAAUCUCAGGAUCCCACAAACAGAAAAACCCACUAUUACAAAGUUAAAUGAGCCUGUCCCUGUAUCAGGUUCUCUCAUAUUUGACCACAUGGAGCGAUGGAAAAAAAUACGACACAAAUGGAAGGAGUGCUCGAACAAGAACCAGCUGAGAUACAGUGAGAGUAUAAAGAUCCUUAAGGAGAUGAAGGAUCUCUAUGAUCACUGACUGGCUCAUAGCUCUCCACAGAAUGGACUCUGAAAGCAGCAUGGCAUACAAGUCACUGUAUGAAACACCUACCACCAACACCAUCAGACUCAUAGAAACACAUUGACAGAACCGUGAGCCUUAAGCAAACCAUAUGUUUUAUUCAUUGUAGACAAUAAUACUUUGAAGGAGGUUAAGGUUUGCACUAUAUUUUGCAUUAAUUCAUUCCAGGGUGAUUUGGAAAGUUUUUUUAUUCAUUAAGAUUCUGUUUAGAAGUAAAUUACAUUAAAUCUUAGUUGUAUUUUUCAGACAUCCUGUGACCUGUUUCAUCCUCAACCUUAAAAUGAGUGAUUAAAGUCUAUUGUGGUCUUUUCAA